AGGCGGGCGGCGCGUCGGCGCUGAGCGGCAGUGGGAGCUGACGGUGGCCGGCGCCUGCGGAGUUCCGGACCAUGCUGCUGUUCUGCCCCGGCUGCGGGAACGGGCUGAUCGUGGAGGAGGGACAACGCUGCCACCGCUUCGCCUGCAACACGUGCCCCUACGUGCACAACAUCACCCGCAAGGUAACAAAUCGGAAGUACCCAAAACUGAAAGAAGUGGAUGAUGUGCUUGGUGGAGCAGCUGCCUGGGAGAAUGUUGACUCUACUGCAGGUAAGAGGGAAAACUGUUUCUGUUGCUAAACUGGAUAAUUAUGAGGCUGUUGAUACCACUGCAUGGCAGAGUCUGUGAUGUCAUAUAAAUGAUGUAGGUUUCUAGAAAUAGAAAAUGGUUUUUGAAUAAUUUAUUAGUAUUUGUUACUGUUUAGUAAUCUGUUACACAAGCAAUAUUUGUAUAAGCCUUGGAGUCAUACAGGCCCUUGUAUUGUGGUAGGACCUUCCUUGGGUCUCUUGACGUCUCUGGGGCUAAUCCAUAUUCAUAGAUUGUGAGAGCACAAAGUGAGUUAUGCCAUGCUUGGUAUAUAAGAGGCACUGAGCAGGUGAUAGCUUUGAUAAUGGCAAUGAUGAGUAGAUUAAUAAAAAUAAGAGUCUAAGGAAAAAA